AUGAACAUGACGGAAGAUUUUAGGAAGAAUAUUUAUCUCGACAUGAUCGCAAUUCUUCUUGUGGCUUUAUCUCAUGGUCAAUACGACGUUGGAUGCCGUGAAGCGACUUCUGCUGAAAAAUCUGAGAUUAUGAGCCAAAAAAUCUUUGAUGAAGACAAAGAAGAAGUGUUCAAUCCCACUAGGAUCAACCGUGCUACUCCCUAUCUUCUAGCCAGAACGCACACUAAGUACUAG